AUGGCGCACACGUUGGGCUUUGCGGGCAAAGCGAGCAUCCACGUGCAGCUCGAGACGCCGACGUGCGCGGCGACCGAGCUGCUCAUUGGCACCGUGCGCGUGCGUGUGACCCAGCCCGUCGCAUGCAGCGAGAUUGUCGUCAUCGUUGCAGGCAACGAGCGCGUUGCGUGGACCGAGGCAUGGACCGAGAAGGAAGCGGAGGGGCACACCGAGACGAUCUUUGACGGCCGCGAGUUCUUUCGACAAAAGAUUGUGCUCUGCAGUGUUGAGAGCGAGCUGACGCCGGGCCACUACACCUACCCGUUCCAGUACCGAAUGCCCGCCGGCCUUCCGGGCAGCUACGACAAUGA